AUGUCUACGGGUUACCCUACGCGGUACAGCCGUGCUACGCUGGUCACGAAGUUUCUUACAUCCACACCGCAGCGCAUUGAUCAGCAGUUUCUGGGGAACAAGGCAGGGCGUGUGUCGAAAUCUGGGGACCCCAAGACAAAGACGCUAUCAAUCCAUCACCGAGAUCGGAUCUGCGAGGCUGGUGCCUGUUUUCGCCUCACCUUGAGUUGCCGUCAUGUAUCUCAGUCUACGCCCAGUGUUAAGCCAAAGACACGCGUCCUAGUCGGUAAACCAAGACAGAGACAAAUUGAUGCCGGUAGUUGGGCUUGCUGUCCUCGGUCCAGCGGCUUUGGCGCUCAGCCAGAGCUCCACGCCUAUCAUGAGACUGACUGA